UUGUGAUCGCUUAUCGUUCGUUUUAGUUUGUAUCUUGUAUUAAAAACGUUAGUAAUUUUUAUUAUUUAUAUGAAAAGUGUAGCAAUAAACUUUAAAUACAUGUUUUCGUCGUGGAAUUACAAUAAAAUUAUAUAGCGAACUCCGGGGUGAUGGAGUCACCGCCUUCGUUUUCGACUCACUCCGAAGCGCCCCCGUUAAGUGAAGAUAGUGGUUUGCUUAUUACUAGUGGUUCGUUUUCAAGUGAUUCUGCAAGUGGAUGGCAUCAUAUAACGUCGGAGUUGCAAGAGAGCGACUUCGACGAGCGAUCGCUGUCCCUCUGCGAGUCGACGGAUGCUUCGGAGCGAAUCUGUGGUGACUUCUUCAAUACGGUGAAGAAAGGUCCAGGGAAAGUCAUCGUCACCGCCAUAGAACCACCCCCGGAAUUCCAGGAUAAUCCUGUCCCAACGAACUUAGAAUGCACAACUACUACGUUUGUUGGGACCCCAAACAAAUGUUUGGCUGUGUGCGUGCCUCCAUCUGUUAUUUGUACUAAUGAUUCUAUAAUAAAACCAAAAUCUUCGAGCUUAAAUAUACCAGUGACAGCAGGUCAUAUAUCCCCGAUGUAUCCACGGAAAUUUAAGGCGGAAACACUGUAUGACAGACGUCAAUGUCUUAACCAUCGGUUUGCUAGCCCCAGAUUGCUACACCUCAGUCCUUGCCGCGGUACGAGGCCUUCUUCCAGAAAUUCCCUUUCGUCUCGACUGUCGAGCAGUCAUAAUUCUCUAAUUACACAGUUUCAAACCGACGACUCAAGUUUCAUAACACAAGCUAUUUCCCAUGAUACCCUAUCUGCAAAAACGUCUGAUAUUACUGACAUGUACAAUGUUCCCUUUGAUAGUGAUAUAUACGCGGUGCCUAUUGAUAUGAUCCGACCCAAUCACGGCAAUAUCAGGGCCAGAAGCAAAAGACCACAGAGAACCAAUAAAAGGCGUAGUAAGACCACAACCCUGAUUCUCAACACCAAUAAUACGAUAAUGGAGAGGAAUUAUAAGCUAAAAGAUACGAAACACAAGGACACGAAAACAAAAAGGCACUCUCUGCCGGGUUCCUCGUGCAGGAAAAAGAUUUUGGCGGAAUCCGAUACAGACUCUUUACAUUUGACACUGCGCGAAAUGAGAAAAUAUUUGCAUACGCUGUACUCGAGUUCCAGCGAUUCAGAAUGCCGGAACACAAUAAAUAAACAGAACGGGUCUAUACUAACUACGGCCGCAGUCCAUUCUAGGCAAGGACUGAAAGAGUCGAGUACAGCAGUUUUCUUAAAAGAGAGCAAUGAACCAAAAACAGCCGAGACGAACAACAACCACAACAAAACGAACAAGAACACCGCGGACAUGAACGUGAAGAGCAAAAAGCAUAAAGAAAUUAAACAGAAGGAAUGUAGCAUCAUGGAGUUGGAUACGAAGAAGAAAGGGAAUCAGGGUACGAAGGUGAAAAUGUCACCUGUUAGGAUACUUUCGAUGAAUAUAAAGCAAAGCUUUUGUAAUCUGUUUCGUUGGAGGAGGUCCAGCGAUGGAGAUGGCGUAGAGAAGAUAGGUCGUGGGUCGCCUCCUCCGGCCGUGAGGAGGGCUCUGCCACCGCUGCCGCAGUCGCCGCACCCGUCCAAUUCUAGGCGAUCAGCAAACGAAGAUGACACUGUCAUGGACUUCGCAACAUCCAUCCAGAAAGUUAAAGAUUAUGGAUGGUACUGGGGCCCGAUAUCUGUGGAAUCCGCGGAGAAGAUACUUUCAAAUGAGCCAGAUGGUUCAUUCAUUGUUCGGGACAGCAGUGAUGACCAUUACAUCUUCACGCUGACGUUCAAGCUGAACGGUCUACGCCAUGUUAGGAUAGAACAUGAUCAGGGUAAUUUUUCGUUUGGCGGAUGCACAAUGUUCAAAGCUCAAACAAUUGUGGAGUUUAUUGAGAAUGCUGUGGAGACAUCAAGGAGUGGACGGUACUUGUUCUUUUUGAAUCUUCGGCCUGUGCUGGGACCCGUGAGGGUGCAAUUGCUGUAUCCCGUAUCCAGAUUCAAGAGGGUUCAGAGCUUACAACAUAUGUGCAGGUUCGUGAUACUCAAACAAGUUCGUCGUGAUUUGGUGACCAGCCUGCCUCUACCGCGACGUCUCUUGGACUACCUCAACGCAACGCACUACUACUCUGAACUACUUGCUGACUUAUAGGUUAUGCUUUCACAACUAAAAUAAAUCACAUUCUCAUAUAAUUCGUCCAUUACAUUCAUACUUAGAUAACUUGCAAUGCGAGCGCGGGCGCGAAUUUUAUCUCUUUUUUAUUUGAUAAUUAACUACAAUUUAUAACGUAGGUACUUCAUUAAUAAUUAAAUUUAAUAAUUUACAAAAACAAAUAUUUGCAGUUCAGAGAUAAUUGUAGUGGAUCGCGUCCUACUUAUUUCUAUGACUUAAUUAUUUUUCUAAUUAGAUGUAUAUUUUAUGCGCUAAUAUUUGAUCGAAUAAGUUAAGUAUUACAUGAGUAAAUUGUUUUUGAAUAUAGUAAUUGCUUAAGUGUUUAUUGGCGCUCUAACGGCUGGUAAAUUUUUUUGCUGGUUUAUUUUAAUAAAUGAAUUCGGCCCAAAUGAAAUAAAAAUCGCGUCCGUGUUUUAAAAAUUAAGUUUGAUAAUGGAAUUAUUAGUCAAUUUGCGUGUAUUCGUUUAUAGAUACUGGUAGAAUGAUAUCAACGGAUUGUGAAAUGUUUUUAUAUGAAAUAUAAAACUUGCAAAUUUCUUCACUUAGAUAAAUCUUUUUCAUAGCUUUCAGGCUGUGGUAACAGUAUUAUAAAUAAGUUGUAGUUAUAUGAAUUUAAAUUCAAUUAUCCUUGAUGUUUUGAUUGUAUUAUUUUCUUGUUUCGCUAUACGUAAAUAAUAUUGUUCAUAAUAAGCUCUUUUAAUAUCUCCAUUAAUUUAUUUUAUGUAUUUUAUUUUUGACGUAAUUCGCCGUUUUAUAAUGUAUCGUUGCUAAUUCACCAAA